AUGCGGGUGCUUACGAAGGAAGACGACAAGUACAAAUACAACGUCUGGGACAAGGCAGAAAUGCCAGAGGCGUACAAGGCGAGUGCGCGGGAAAAAAUAGAGAAAGACUGUGAAAAUGCGGCGCAGAGACACGAGAUAACGUACGAGCCUUGGGACGCUUUCUACAAAAAGUACAGCCGGUCCUUCUUCAAGGAGAGGCAGUGGAUUUCGAGAGAGCACCCGGAGACGCUUGUGCACUCAAAUACGAUACUGGAGCUGGGCUGCGGAACUGGAAGCACGCUAAUUCCCAUUAUAAAGGAGAGAAUAAGCGGAAAAAGCGACUACUUGCAGAAAAUGCACGGAGAAACUAUCAGCCCAGAGGACCCACAGAGUGCGGAAAAGAGCGCAGAGAGUGCAAUUCUCAUGGAGGAAGCAGAUGCCGCAAAAUGCAGGAACAUUUUUGGAGUCGACUACUCUCGGACUGCAGUUGGCCUUCUGCAGGAGAGAGUCCCGAAAAUUAAAAGCCAGUUCUCGCACGGGGAUAUCACAGAAAUGCAGAGUGUCGUGAUAAACGGCCAGGAAAUACGCUCUGCAGACAUUAUUCUGCUGAUAUACACUCUUUCCGCAAUCCACCCGUCAGCCCACGAGCGCAUAUUCGGGCUUAUUCACAGAAGUCUUGCAGAGGGCGGAAUAGUCAUACUGAAGGAUUACUACGAGAUGGACCUGACGCAGUUGCGGUUUAAGGAGCACCAGGCACUUGAGAAAAACUUCUACGUGCGAGGAGACAGCACGUAUGUGUACUAUUUCACCCGGGAAAGGCUUGAAGCCCUCGCUUCUGGGAUGUUCAGAGUUGUAAAGUACGCUGAAGAGACUAAGCUUGUGCUGAACAGGAAGAAGCAGAAGGAGAUGUACAGAUGCUUUGUAGAAGUAAAGCUGGAGAAGCUGCAGAAAUAA